AUGGCGACUCUUCUUUCUGCCGCCCGACCCACCCUCUCCCGCCGCUCCAUAGCGGCGAUACAAAAAUCUCGCCUCCCACUACUCGUAGCUGCCCAAAGAGCUGCCUUCUCCACCACUCCCAGUCAUGCCUUACCCUCGCCAGGUGAGAGCAUGUUCCGCUCCUCCUCAUCCAUGGGCGGAUCACCAAGCACAUACUUCCAACGGCAAAGUCUCCCAGCAAACACGAUAAUCAAGUUCGUCCCACAACAAACCGCAUGGAUUGUAGAGCGCAUGGGAAGGUUCAGCCGGAUCUUACAGCCUGGCCUGGCAGUCCUGGUUCCCAUCAUCGACCGCAUAGCCUACGUCAAGAGUCUGAAGGAAAACGCUAUGGAGAUUCCGAGUCAGAGCGCCAUUACAGCCGAUAACGUGACACUAGAGCUCGACGGAGUGCUGUAUACUCGAGUCUUCGACCCAUACAAAGCUAGUUACGGCGUGGAAGAUGCAGACUACGCCAUCAGCCAGCUCGCGCAGACGACGAUGAGAAGUGAGAUUGGUCAGCUGACCCUCGAUCACGUCUUGAAGGAGCGAGCACAACUCAACACGAACAUCACACAAGCCAUCAACGAAGCAGCGGCGGAUUGGGGCGUGCGGUGUCUGAGAUACGAGAUUCGAGAUAUCCAUGCGCCGGGUCCGGUGGUGGAGGCUAUGCACAGACAGGUUACAGCCGAGCGAAGCAAACGUGCUGAGAUUCUUGAUUCGGAAGGUCAGAGGCAGAGCGCGAUCAAUAUUGCUGAGGGUCAGAAACAAUCCGUUAUCCUGGCCUCUGAAGCCGUGAAGGCGGAGAACAUCAAUACUGCUUCUGGUGAAGCUGAGGCUAUCCUCAUGCGUGCCAAGGCUACGGCGGCCGGUAUCGAGGCAGUGGCGCAGAGUAUCGAGCAAGGACAAUCUUCUGCCCAGAACGCUGUCUCGUUAUCUGUGGCGGAGAAGUACGUCGAUGCAUUCGGGAAGUUGGCGAAGGAGGGCACGAGUGUGGUUGUCCCCGGGAAUGUGGGCGAUAUUGGGAGUAUGAUUGCUACGGCUAUGAGUGUCUAUGGGUCUGUGAAUCAGGCGCAGGUCAAGACGAAUGCUUUGGCACAGGGGAGGUUGAGCCAGGGUGGGCAGGAGCUGGCUACGCAGGGUUCGGAACAGCAUUCGCGUGGUCAGGGUGGGAGCAAGGUCAUUGAUUAG